CUGCUGUCCAGCCACCUUGUGAAGAGCACACAUGUCACAGUGUGACUACAAGCCACAAGCCCUUCUGGGCAGUGGAGGACAUGCUUCCAAAUAAAGCAGUGUGGGGCAAACCAUUGCCAGAACAUCUUCAGAAAAUGGUUGCACAUGUGUUGGACCCCAACGGUGACAUGAAGGAACAAAUUGUUUCUGUGGGAUCAACCAGACUGUUGCGUUCCGAUCUGUUGUCUUUAGGACUCUUAGAAGAAGUUGAAGCAACAGUAAAAUCGAUUUUUCUUAGUAAAAUGAGAUGAAAAAAUAUUAAAGUGACUAAUUUAAUUUGUUUUAUUUAAAAUAAUAGAUAUUGAACUUUUGCCUACGAACUAUAAAGCACAUCGCUUUCCGAAUGGUAAAGUAACAGUCUAAAAUAUUUUAUUGAAACGGCAUAGCUUUGUAUGUAUCUGAUUAUUGUUUCUUUGUUACAGGAUGUCAAUGUAUAUGUUGCAAAUUCCUAUGUGGUAGUGACCUGGCUUCCACCAAAUUAUUGUUUCCCUGAGCUGUCCCUUCCGCCUGAUGUAAACCAGACAGACCUUGUAGUUCUGCCAGCAUGGGUACCUGGCCACUGGCUACUCUGUGAACAUUGCAAAACUCAUUGAUGGCAGACAGUGGACAGAGAAAACUGCCAAUACAUAUGAAGGAAUCCCGAAGCAGAUGGGUGGGAACAACUGUGGGAUUUACAUACUGAUGUACACUCUGUACAUGGCUUUGGGUCUGGAAUUUGAUUUUACAGAGAAUGACAUGCCUCUGAUCAGGAAGUGGUGGUGUGCUGUUCUCCUGGACAACUUUGCUCCGCAAAUCGAUCAACCACUGAGAGGGGGAGGUUCACUUUUCAAAAGGCAUUGUCAUCAGGCAGAGUCCAGUGAAGCAGAGUGUGAAGUGACAACCAUCUAUCAGCUUUCUGUGGAAAUCCUUUCUAAAAUCCUAAUGGAAGUUAUUUUGUCAAUGGGUGACUCUGCAUACAUGACACUUUCUUUGGUAUGCAGAUGCUUUCGGGAUGUGGUCAAUCGAGACGUUUUUCGGAAAGCAGCACACUUUGCCUGGCUAGACAGUGUGGUCAACUGGCAGAGCUUCACUCCCCGCUACCGGAGAGAGUUUAGAAGGAUGUAUAGCAUCAGUGAAUGCUUGGAGUGCAGAGUCCUUUUUAAGUCGUACCCACCGGGGUAUAGGGGAAGAGGCCGACGUGGGGAACUGCAGGGCUUUUACUCUGAUGCGUGCACAGGAUUUUGCACCCAGGACUGUUUUUUUGCAGCAGGAAACACAUUGGUGUGAAGGGAAAGGAUAAUUGGUGUGAACAUCUUGUUUGGAUUUAUAUAUUGAUGUCAUUGGUGUG